UUAAACAAAAAAUCAUGUCUGAUAUUGUGUCAGAGAAUUUAUCCCAAACCGUGAGUUCACUUGACUCUUUCUCCGGCCGUUCCACCGCUUCCCUAAUUCCCACGGUGGGCCAAUUACACAAAGAAGCCACCCGAGAUGGAUGCGAAACCCAAACUGAUCACGUUCUUGAACUCGGAGACACCAGUCUCAAGGGACACAGAUCAAUCCCACUCAUUUUAUCGUUCAACAACUUGACUUACAAUGUCAAAGUACGCCGUAGAAUGAGAUUACCUUCUAUAUUCCCUGGCAUGCAGCACCACAGGGAAAGCAUACCAACUACAAAAACUCUCCUCAAUGACAUCUCCGGCGAGGCGCGGAAUGGAGAAAUACUUGCUGUUCUCGGUGCUAGUGGAUCGGGAAAAUCAACGUUGAUCGAUGCAGUAGCGAACAGGAUAGCUAAAGGAAGCUUGAAAGGGACGAUUACGUUAAACGGAGAAGUUUUGGAGUCAAGAAUGUUGAAAGUGAUAUCAGCUUAUGUUAUGCAAGAUGAUCUUUUAUUUCCAAUGCUCACAGUUGAAGAAACUUUAAUGUUUGCAGCUGAAUUUAGGUUACCGAGAAGCAUAUCGAAGUCGAAAAAGAAAUUGAGAGUUCAAGCUUUGAUUGAUCAGUUAGGUUUGCGAAAUGCAGCUAAAACUGUGAUCGGAGACGAAGGUCACAGAGGCGUUUCCGGUGGAGAAAGACGUCGUGUUUCCAUCGGAAUUGAUAUAAUUCAUGAUCCCAUUAUACUUUUCUUGGAUGAACCCACUUCAGGUCUUGAUUCAACCAGUGCAUUUAUGGUUGUUAAAGUUCUUCAGAAAAUAGCUCAUAGUGGGAGUAUAGUUAUCAUUUCUGUGCACCAACCGAGCUAUCGGAUUCUUGAUCUGUUUGACCGCUUGGUAUUUUUAUCUCAUGGUGAAACUAUAUACAGUGGUUCUCCGAUGAGUUUACCUUCUUUUUUCUCUGAAUUCGGGCAUCCAAUUCCCGGUAAUGCGAACCAAACCGAGUUUUCUCUAGACCUUAUUCGUGAGCUUGAAGGUUCUCCGGGAGGGACUAAAAGUUUGGUGGACUUUUAUAAAACAUGGCGGAAUACGCCAAAUUCUGAACCCGAACGACCCGGAUUGUCGUUAGAGGAGGCGAUAAGUGCAAGCGUUACAACCGGCAAGUUGAUUUCCGGUGCCACGGGCACUAAUUCAUCGCUGGCAACAUUUGCUAAUCCAUUUUGGUUUGAAUCGGUUGUUUUGUCAAGGAGAUCAAUUACCAAUUCAAGAAGAUUGCCAGAAUUGUUCGGAAUUCGUUUAGGUGCUGUCGGUGUUACUGGGUUUAUUUUAGCAGCAAUGUUUUGGCAGCUUGACAAUUCACCUAAAGGAGUUGAGGAAAGGGUAGGGUUUUUCGCAUUUGCUAUGUCAGCUACUUUCUUCAACUGCGCCGGGUAUCUUCCUUCUUUUCUCCAAGAAAGGUACAUUUUCAUGAGAGAAACUGCGUAUAAUGCUUAUCGAAGAUCGUCUUAUGUAAUAUCUCAUGCUCUCGUUUUCUUACCAUCUUUAGUUACACUCUCAUUUUUCUUCUCCACCCUUACAUUCUGGGCUGUCGGGCUAGACGGCGGGUUUUCGGGGUUCAUGUUUUAUUUCUUCAUCAUGUUCGCAUCUUUCUGGGCCGGAAACUCCUUCGUUACGUUCAUAUCCAGUGUAGUCACUAAUGUUAUGCUUGGCUACACCGUAGUUGUCGCACUCUUAGCUUAUUUUCUCCUCUUCAGCGGCUUCUUCAUCAAUCGCGAUCGAAUCCCGCCUUAUUUGAUUUGGUUUCAUUACAUGUCACUUGUGAAAUACCCUUAUGAAGCUGUAUUACAGAAUGAAUUUCAGGAUCCUGUAAAAUGCUUUGUCAGAGGAACUCAGGUUUUCGACACCACUCCGUUCGCGGCAGCUUCAACGGCUCUGAAAAUGAAAAUGUUGGAGACAUUUAGCGACACAUUGGGAGUGACUGUUACGAGCUCUACGUGUGUAACUCGAGGGUCAGAUAUAUUGAAGCAACAAGGUGUUACUGGUUUAAGUAAAUGGAACUGCAUAUGGGUGACAAUUGCUUGGGGAUUCUUGUUCAGGAUUUUAUUUUACUUCUCUUUGCUAUUGGGUAGCAAAAACAAGCGAAGGUAACAAAAAAUCCAAGUAAUUAACAAGUUCUUGUUGGUUGUGGUGGUUGGAAAAAACGAGAAAUUCUUACAAAAAAUUUAUCUUG